AAGCGAAGAAAGAACAAAAACAAACAAAAUCCUUGGGAAACUGUGACCUAUUGACUGUACCAGUAUCCUUUUGCAAGAUGGACGCAGUUCGGGAGACGUUUCCAGCAUCUUUAUCAUGAGAUAACUAUCUCCGUGGUGAAGCCGUGUCGGUUAGUGAGGCGGUCCCACCCAAGACGGAGGAGAUAGCGGCGGCGGGAGAGAGCUGCGGCGGCCGGCGGCGAUGCUGGCGCCGCGGAGCCUCCGGAAGGCGGCCGUGCCGCCGUCCCUGCUCUCCGACCCCUCGCCCGGCAGCCUCCAGCCCACCCGCCUCGCCGUCCACGUCAAUGCCGCCGGCUCCUCCUGCUCCGCCUACCUCGCCUCCGGCUGCCGCGUCUACAAGAUUGAGAUAGCCAUGGAGGGUGAGAUGUUGUCCAAGGGCAAGGAGAGCCUCUUGAUUCCUAUCAAUGCAGAGGUCAUAAGCUCGUCAGUGGUGGAUCGCUGCCCACAUCGUUCAGAGAUCCAGAGUGUAGUUCUUGCAGAGGGUGAAGGUGAUGGCUGUUUGAUUCUUGGAACAGUUGACUCUUAUGGUCAUCUUAUUGUAUCUCGGUUAGAUACGGUGGCUGAUGACAUUGACAGGGCCUCCUAUUCAGUACCACCUCGUGAUUGUGGUGUCGGAGAAGGAAGUUGGGCUGGGUUAUGUUUUAGUCCAAUGCACCAAUCCACGGUAGCUGUUGCUCGUGAAUUGUGUAAGUGCAUUGAUAUCUACGACCAGGACAUUCAUGUUCGCAGUUUACGUACGUUAUGGUAUCCAUCUUCAUUUAGCUUUGCCCAGUGCAUGCCACAAGUGAAUGAAAGUGGUUCAAUGCUAGCAAUCGCUGAAGGUUCUCAGCUGAGCAUAUGGGACUUGAGAACGAGCAAUAAUGGUGGAUGCAUACACCGCAUUUCUGGCCCUAUUGGAGGCAUCAUAUACUCUCUCUGUAGUUCUCCUUCUGGACCAAUUGCUGUUGGUGGAACAGAUCGUACUGUAACCAUCUAUGAUCCUCGCAGGUGGUCAGCCUUGUCAAGAUGGGUUGGGUGCUCCAAGUAUGAGAUUACAGGCCUUUCAUUUUCAUCAGUUGAUGAAUCUUUCAUUUAUGUCCAAGGUGUUGAUUAUGAGAUUACAUGUGGACUUUGGAAGGGAAACGAGCGAGCUUUCUCAUUUCGAGGGGACUCCAACUGGUUGGGUUUUUCAAAGUGUGCGAAUACAGAUGUUGUGGCUGGAUGGUGCGAAUCUGGAAGUGUCUUCGUUGCUGAUGUUAGGCAGGAUUGUCUAUCAGUAAUCGGGUAAUGUCUGACGGCUGGAAGCUAGCAAGAAGCCAAUAUUCGUUUUUAGAGGUGAUUUUAGCGUCUCCUGCCCAAACUGAAUCAAGGAUGGACAGUGAUUACUUACCCUUUCAUCUGCAUUAGAAUUUCUGUAGCUAAUGUUUGGUGUGUUGAUGCAACUGAUCAUGUUCUUUUCCGCCCCCAUUUUUAUAUAAAAAAAAAGUCAGUAGGGGGCCUUUUGGAAUCACUUCACGAGAGGAACCAUACUCUAAUUUACUAUAUAUGAACUGUAACAUUUAGUUACCCUUAACGAAUCAUUUGAAUUUUACGUCA